GGGUAGGUCCUCCAUUCUGCCGGUUCGGCUCUAGUAAAAUUCCCGUGAACGAUUCGAAGUAUUUUCUCUCUCUAACUCUGUCUGUUUCUCUCACUAGAUCAGUCGAUCAAAGAUGGGGAUCAGAUUCGUAUUGAUGGUGAACAAGCAAGGGCAAACCCGCCUUGCCCAAUACUACGAAUACCUUACUAUUGAAGAAAGACGAGCCCUCGAAGGCGAAAUCGUUCGCAAAUGCCUCGCCCGAACAGAGCAACAGUGUUCAUUCGUCGAGCAUCGGAACUACAAAAUUGUAUAUAGGCGCUAUGCAUCAUUAUUUUUCUUGGUUGGAGUUGACAAUGAUGAAAAUGAGCUUGCAAUUCUGGAAUUCAUACAUCUGUUAGUAGAAACGAUGGACCGCCAUUUUGGUAAUGUGUGUGAGCUCGACAUCAUGUUCCAUCUAGAGAAAGCACAUUUUAUGCUGGAGGAAAUGGUGAUGAAUGGGUGUGUUGUCGAGACAAGCAAGUCUAACAUUCUAGCUCCAAUACAAUUAAUGGACAAAGCAUCAUAAGUGGUUCAAUACAAUGUUUCGAAGAUUGAUAGGUUCCACUGGGACUUUUUCAGAGACGAGACUCAGCAAGGUUGCAUCACCUAUUAUAAAUUAGUGUGAUUUUAUUUUAUAUAUUUGUGACUGUUGAUUUUGGACUGUGUUUCUUGGUCAAUCGCUUUCUUUCUUUC